ACGUGAGCGCAGGCGGCGCGCGAUGCUAUCGGACGCAGAUCACUCCGGGAAUGCCUCCGGGGCUCGCCGAGCCAAGAAGAGGAGCUCCGGGGAGUCACCGGGGGACGGACAGGCCCUGCGCUCCUCCGGGAGGCAGAGCAACGCCCGGGUGAAGCGCACCAACAACCCCCCACCUGGACAGAGUAAAAGAAAAGCCACGGAUACGGAGGAAGAAGAUGACCAGUGUGAGAAGAAGUACAGGCGAUGUGAGAAGUCCGGCUGCUCUGCCAUGUACCCCGUUUGUUUCGCCAGUGCAGCAGAACGGUGUGCAAAGAACGGCUACACGUCCCGCUGGUAUCAUCUGUCGUGUGGUGAACAUUUCUGCAACGAGUGCUUCGAUCACUACUACAGAAGCCACAAAGAUGGCUACGAGACGUUCGCUGCGUGGAAAAAGGUGUGGACGAGUAACGGCAAAAGCGAGCCCAGCCUGAAAGCCUUCAUGGCCGACCAGCUGCUGCCUUACUGGGUCCAGUGCACCAGACCGGACUGCAGGAAGUGGCGUCAGCUGACCAAAGAGAUCCAAGUGUCCGCCUCUCUGGCAGCGACGUACCGCUGCGGGAUGAAGUUCAGCAACGUCAAGACGGAGGGCCUGGACCAGUGCUCCCAGCCCGAGGACCUGAGAGUGUCCGAGGUGAGCGACAGCUGGUGGCACUCCAUGCUGAUCCUGCCGCCGCUGUUCAAAGAGAGUCCUGCCGGCCCCUUCCUCGCCGCCUACUACCCCGACUGCGUCGGCAUGAGUCCUUCAGGAUCCUCCGGCGGCGCGGCGGCGCCCGAGCUGAGGGCCGAUCGCUGCCGGGCCGUCCAGCCUCAGAUUCCAGGUCUGUGUUCGUACUUCCAGCCCUUCUACCAGCCCAACGAGUGCGGGAAGGCUCUGUGCGUUCGGCCCGACAUGAUGGAGCUGGACGAGCUGUACGAGUUCCCCGAGUUCUCCCGGGACCCCACCAUGUACCUGGCUCUGAGGAACCUGAUCCUGGCCUCCUGGCACAGAAACUGCAAGGAGGUUCUGACGGCAGACAAAUGUGCUCACCACGUCAUCGUCCGGGGCUUGGUGCGGGUGCGCUGCGUGCAGGAGUUGGACCGGGUUCUGCACUUCAUGACCAGGAAGGGCCUGAUCAACACCGGGGUUCUGAUGGCGAAGCAGCCUCUGCUGCCUGAGAAGCACUGCUCUAAGAACGUGAUCAUCAUCGGCGCUGGUGCCGCCGGACUGGCUGCUGCCCGGCAGCUGCAGAACUUCGGCAGUCAGGUUCUGGUGCUGGAGGCCCGGGACAGAAUCGGCGGUCGGGUUUGGGACGAUCCUUCUCUGGGCGUCACGGUGGGCAGAGGCGCUCAGAUCGUGAACGGCUGCGUGAACAACCCCAUCGCCCUGAUGUGUGAACAGAUGGGCAUCAGGAUGCACACGCUGGGCGAGCGCUGCGACCUGUUCCAGGAGGGCGGGCAGGUCACCGACCCCGCCAUCGACAAGAGGAUGGACUUCCACUUCAACGCCAUCCUGGACGUGGUGUCCGAGUGGAGGAAGGACAAGUCUCAGAACCAGGACUCGCCGCUGGGAGAAAAGGUCCAGGAAGUAAAGAAGAACUUCCUGCAGGAAUCUGGGAUCCAGUUCAGCGACCUGGAGGAGAAAGUUCUUCAGUUUCAUCUCAGUAAUCUGGAGUUCGCCUGUGGAAGCUCGUUGGACCAGGUUUCUGCUCGGUCCUGGGACCACAACGAGUUCUUCGCCCAGUUCUCAGGAGAUCACACGUUACUCACCAAGGGCUACUCCGUCCUGCUCCACAGGCUGGCCAAGGGCCUGGACAUCCUCACCGACUGCCCGGUUCAGGCGGUGGACUACUCGGGUGACGUCGUUAAAGUUAGCUCCUCUAAUGGCUCCCAGUGGACGGCCCAGAAGGUUCUCGUUACGGUCCCGCUAACGCUGCUUCAGAAGAACGUUGUUCGCUUCGACCCUCCGCUCCCCGAGAGGAAGCUGAAGGCGAUCCACAGCCUGGGAGCCGGGAUCAUAGAAAAGAUUGCUCUUCGGUUCCCGCACCGGUUCUGGGACUCAAAGAUCCAGGGCGCAGAUUACUUCGGUCACAUCCCUCCAGCUCCGGAGAAAAAAGGCGUGUUCAGCGUUUUUUACGACCUCGAUCCUCAGGGGAAACAGGCCGUGUUGAUGUCGAUCAUAUCCGGUGAGGCUGUUCCUGCUGUUCAGGACCUGGAGGACAAAGAGGUGGUCGACGAGUGCCUGAGGGUCCUGAGAGAACUGUUCAAAGAGCAGGAAGUCCCAGAGCCUGUGAGCUUUUUCGUCACACAUUGGAGCAAAGACGUGUGGUCCCAGAUGUCCUACAGCUUUGUGAGGACGGGGGGCAGUGGCGAGGCCUACGACGUCCUGGCUGAAGACGUUCAGGGAAAAGUCUUCUUCGCCGGCGAGGCCACAAACCGACACUUCCCUCAGACGGUGACAGGAGCCUACCUCAGUGGCGUCAGAGAGGCCAGCAAGAUGGCUGCCGUUUAGGUUUGUCCCCAUCUCUGUAAAACACCAGCAGGGGCUCCCGGACCCGAACAGACCAGCACGCCACCGCCGGACUCGUACCGCGAAUCGCUCCGUGAGAAGAGCCCGCGCUGUCGCGGGGUCAAGGUGGACUUUCCAGAACCUUUUCUGCAGAUUCGAGCUGAAGCGCUCAUUUUUUUAUGUCAUAUAAAGUUGUGCUCAAGAUGCAGCUGAGUGGAAAAGCAGGAUCCUGUUUCAGUGAAAUGAUAAUUCAGUGGUUUGAUUUCAGGGGAUUUAGGCUGCGUGGAACAUCGGUAAACUCUCAGGCUUCUAAUCACGAAUAAACUGAUUAAUACUGAUUAACAGGGUCGUUCAGAAUAUCUGAGUAAAUUACUGAAGUUUGAUCCAAUCGUCCUGAUUCAAACUAGUUCUUGUGGUUUUCUAGGAUCGAUGACGUUAACUGAUGAUUACUUAGUUUUUAGCACUUUUGGUUUAAAGCAGUAAAAAAUAAAUAUAAAUCUGUGUGGUGUGUUUUCAGAACCAGAUGACCUCCCCCUUUGCUUUCUCAGGGAUGUUUUCAGGAAAACCCAGUUGUA